AUGCGCCUGCUACUGGAGGCCGGUGCCAACCCCAACGUCACCGAUACGAAGAGCGGAGCGACGCCGCUGAUGAUGGCGGUGAGUAAGGGCGAGGAGGCGAUGGUGCAGAUGCUGCUCUCACACGGCACCGACGCCAAUGCCGCGGACUGGCAAGCACAUACCUCCCUGCACCACGCGGCUUGCGUUGGCCGGCUGGACAUUGUGCGCCUGCUACUAGAGGCCGGUGCAGAUCCAAACGUCGACGAUGCGGAGAGUGGAGUGACGCCGCUGAUGUGGGCGGUGAGUAAGGGCGAGGAGACGGUGGUGCAGAUGCUGCUCUCACACGGCGCUGACGCCAAUGCCGCGGACUGGCAAGCACAUACCUCCCUGCACCACGCGGCUUGCUUUGACCGGCUGGACAUCGUGCGCCUGCUACUAGAGGCUGGUGCAGAUCCAAAUGCCGCCGAGACGGAGACCAGACGCACAUCGCUGAUGAUGGCGGUGAAGGAGGGCGAUGAGGCGAUGGUGCGGAUGCUGCUCUCACACGGCGCCGACUCCAACGCCGCGAACUCGUACGGAUUGACCUCCUUGCACGUCGCGGUCGUCUCUGGCUGGCUCGACAUCAUGCGCAUGCUACUCGAGGCCGGCACAGACCCCAACGCCGCCGUGACGGAAAAAUUUGAGAGUUUCACCGCGUUACACUUGUCCUGUGAUCUACUUCAUACCGAGAUGAUUACUCACCUCUUGAAACACGGAGCUGACCCGAACCUCGUCGAUUGUCACAAGAGGACGCCGCUCGCUAUAAUAGGCCGCCAGCCGGAGGCGAGAAGCCCCAUGAUGAGCGAGCAAGCAGCACAAGUGGCGUCAGUGGUACAAGCAGCGUCAGCUCUCCUACAGACGUGCGAGUCCGCCGGCGUACUUCUACAGGUUAACACACGCGACAGCGAGGGCAACACCCCGCUGCACAUCUUCUGUAGGAUGAUGCGCGCAUGCAAAGGCGAUGUUUACGCACGACAGAGGGAGGGGUGCAUGCAGAUUGUGCACGCGCUGCUGUUCAACCACGGCGCACACGUCGACGUGGUGAACGCACGGGGAAAGACGCCGUACGAACUCUGCCGCCGGAUUAACCCGACGCGUUUCCGCGGCAACGUGGAGUCGAGCGACGAGAUACAUGGCAGAAUGAGCGCGCAGUAUCAAUCGCUGAAGUGCCACUGCGCGCGCGUUAUCGUCAGACACAGCGUUGCAUACGAGAACAGGCUGCCUUUGAGUCUCAUAGAAUUUGUCAGGACACACGCUAGACCAACAUAGGCGACACUAAGCGUGUUAACCGAGGAAGCCCAUGUAGGAUCGGAGAUGCGAUAACCCAGAAGAUAUUAUCAAUACUUGGUAGAUCUAUGUUCUAAUUGUUGCGCGUGUUGGCAGACGUGUUUCAUUGCAAUGUAAAAUCGAGUAUAUGUAGUAACACUAUUCAGUUUAUAUAGAAAUGUGUAGAUUAUCG